AUGUGUAAGACGAUUGUAGACAGUGGUAGUUGCAUUAAUGCUAUGUCGGACACACUGAUUUCACAUCUUAUAUUACUUUUGAUCAAUCAUCCUCGACCCUAUCAUGUCUCUUGGAUUGAUUCUACUUUCAUCUCAGUUAAAAAUUAGUGUCUCCUUCCUCUUAAGAUCCAAUCUUAUGAUGAAAAAGUUUUAUGUGAUGUAUUGCCUUUGAAAGUGAGCAGCAUAAUCCUAGGUCGUCCUUGACUUUAUGAUAAUGAUGUUCAACAAUUUGGUUGAUCGAACAUUUGCUCCUUCAUGUAUAAGGAAGGGUAAGAAGAUUACUUGGCACUUGUAUACCUUGCGUCCUAAAGCCCCUCAGCCUAGUUGCCCAUCACCUACCUUAAACCUCCUUAUGGGGAGACAAUUCUAGCGAGAGUUAGAAUGCAAACCCUCGAUCUGUUUAGCCAUGAUCCCAGAUCAUUUCGACGAUGCUCCCACCUCUCCUUCCCUUGAGGUUGUUGACUUAUUGUCUGAGUUCUCAACUAUCUUUUCUGAUGAGUUGCUGAUUCAGCUCCCUCCCAUACGUGAUAUCCAGCACGCCAUCGAUCUUGUGCCCGUAUCAUCUCUUCCUAACUUCCCCCAUUAUUGUUUGGACCCUACUCAAUAUAAAGAACUCCAACGCCAAGUACAAGAAUUAUUAGAUAAAAGAUUUAUUCAGGCGAGCCUUAGCCUUUGUGCCGUUCCUACUCUCUUGACCUUGAAGAAAGAUGACACUUGA